GAGAACACAGGAAUGACGAUUCCGGCGUCGCUUAGAGAUUGCUAUGGGAACGAAGAUCUUUAUUCACGGAACAAACGACUGCCAAUGACCAUGGCAACACUCAUCGAGUUGAUACGCAAGGUGGAACUGUACAAAGGAGCAUAUUUCGAUCUUCGGACUUUGUCAGUGACUUUACUGCACAGGUUCCGGAUGGACGGUAUUGAAAGCAUUCCGGGUGUUCCGGCAUCACCCGGAGUCGUUCCAUUCCGGCUGUCAGGACAUCAGUUUUCAAAGCACAAGGUGCUGUUCGAGCAGCUCAUUCCGGGCAAUGCCUACACCUUCCCCAACGAAAGCCUCAGCAAACAAGAACUGGUGCGUAUUUAACCCGAAUUGCAGACCAACUCCUCUCUAUUCUUGAUUCAGUUUAGUUUAUCAAUUAUAACACAAUAGACUGUUUUAGUCAGUCAGU